AUGCCUACUUUUCCCGUACAGCAUUGGAAUCUAGGAAUAGGUCCAAUAUCGUGCCAUGCAUGGAAUCGUGAUCGAACAAUGCUCGCCGUUUCACCAUCAAAUAACGAAAUUCAUGUAUUUCAAUGGCAAAAUGGACGAUGGACGUUGACAGCGUUGUUGGCUGAACACGAUUUACCCAUAACUGGUCUAGACUGGGCUCCGAAAACCAAUCGUAUCGUAUCAUGUGCACAGGAUAGGAAUGCCUUUGUAUGGACCUUUGAUGGGGAACACUGGAAACCUGAAUUAGUUGUUGUACGUAUGCAGAGAGCAGCAACAUGCGUGAGGUGGUCACCGUAUGAAAAUAAAUUUGCUGUUGGUAGCGGAGCUAAAUUGGUAUCAGUUUGUUACUAUGAGAAAGAGAAUGAUUGGUGGAUUUGUAAACAGAUCAAAAAACCAAUUCGUUCCACCGUUACAUGCAUUGAUUGGCAUCCCAAUAAUGUGCUGCUUGCUGUCGGUGCGUGUGAUUUCAAGGCUCGUGUCUUUUCUGCUUACGUGAAGGAAGUGGACGAGAAACCUUCGCCGAAUCCGUGGGGUACCAAAAUGCCUUUUGGUGCUUUGAUGUGUGAAGUAUCUCAGAUGAAGAGUUCGGGCUGGAUUCAUCAUGUUGCGUUUUCACCGUCUGGUUGUCGGUUGUCUUAUGUUGCUCAUGAUGCAACUGUUGUCGUCAUCGAUACUAAUCGUUCGUUGGAAGAAGCUGUUAUUUUGCGUACUAUUUAUCUUCCUUUCACUUCUAUCCAGUGGGUUACCGAAAACAGCCUUGUGGCAGCUGGUCACGAUUAUUCUCCAAUGUUGUUCAUGUACUCAGGUGAUCAACUUAAAUUUGUAACAAAACUUGACAUUCCAUCAGAGCAAAAAUCAACAAAUAUCAAUAGCGCAAUGCAAAAGUUUCGCAAUAUUGAUCGAAAUGCAGCCGUUGAAGCUGUGGACGUACGCCUAAGAACGAUGCAUCAAAAUGCCAUAACGGAAAUUCUGCCACACAGUGGUCGUAAUGAUAAUAUGCAAAAAUUCAGUACGUGUGGCAUAGAUGGCUUGGUCGCAUUAUGCGCCAAGUUGAACAAAGUAUGA